UCUUCUCUUCUGCUGCCUCGUCUCACAGGGUCAGUCAAAGAGCGGGAGCUGUGGAUGUGAGCAGCGACCAACACACAUCCAGACGCAAUGCAGGCAAAUGAGAAAGUGGUGGACGGCGGUCUGCUGCCGGACGCCAACGGCAAAGAGCCCAGUCCCAGCGGUCAGACGGAUGGGUCCAAGUGGCAGAAACCACGGAUUUCACGAAAGUCUCUGAUGAAGUGCUGCCUCGUCAAGUGGAUAAUUGCCAGCACGACACAGCAGGGACCAGAUGAUGACAGCAGUGACAGUGACCUGGAACUGUCCAUGGUGCGACACCAGCCUGAGGGUCUUGAACAGCUGCAGGCCCAGACCCAGUUCACCAGGAAGGAGCUGCAGUCGCUCUACAGAGGUUUCAAGAAUGAGUGUCCCAGCGGGUUAGUGGACGAAGAAACAUUCAAGACCAUUUACUCACAGUUCUUCCCGCAAGGAGAUGCCACCACGUACGCCCAUUUCCUGUUUAAUGCCUUUGACAUGGACCGAAACGGCUCCAUCCGCUUUGAGGACUUUGUGUUAGGGCUGUCAGUGCUGCUCCGAGGAUCUGUUACCGAAAAACUACGAUGGGCCUUCAACCUUUACGACAUCAACAAAGACGGAUACAUCACUAAAGAGGAAAUGCUGGCGAUAAUGAGAUCCAUUUAUGACAUGAUGGGCAGGUACACUUUGCCCAGUGUACGGGAUGAUUCCGCCUUUGAACAUGUGGAGAAAUUCUUCCAGAAAAUGGAUCGGAACAGGGAUGGAGUGGUGACUAUAGAUGAAUUCAUAGAAACCUGUCAGAAGGAUGAAAAUAUAAUGGCAUCCAUGCAGCUGUUUGAGAACGUCAUCUGAGCAGAGCCAGAUAUGGUCCAGAGGGUCUGGGUCCAAAGUAAAGGGAUAGUGAAAAUGAAAGAGUAACAUGUUUUAAUCCGACCUGUUCAUCUAUGCAGACCAAUGGUUAGAGUUGGUUCAUCACCUGAAGCUUCUUUGCAUGUGUUUCAUUUGUGUUUUUGCACAUGAAGGAGGUCUACGUUAACAUCUGUCAUCUGGAGCAUGGACCAGCGUUUGUCCACAACUUAAAGCAUGUGACACAAACCACACUGAAGACAGACAGACUGUGGACCACUGUCCGAUGUGGACAUUCUACAGACGGUACUUUGUUACUGGAUCAUACUGUAAAAAUAAUAAUAAUAAUAAUAAUAAUAAUACCGUGUUUAUAAGUUCAUCAGAUUUUUGGUGUAAAUGUGAUUUCCAGUGUCUGUCAUGUUGAUUCUAAAUAAACAUCUAUGUUCACCU